CCGAGCUCUGCGAGCUGACGUCAGACGCAAGCCCCGGAAGAUGGCGGCGGCAGGAGGAGGGGAGCGCGAGAGCGGCGAGAAGUCUCCCCUGUUGCCCGGGGGGGAGACCCCGGGGCUGGGGCCAGAGGCUGUUGCUAGACCGGGCGCCGGGAUGGGGGCAGCAGUGUUCCCGGAGAGCGUUCCGACCGUGUUUCCCGGCGAGGACCCCCCGCCGUACUCCCCCCUGACAAGCCCCGAGAGCGGGGGAAGUCCCGUUAUUAAUUGCCGUGUCUGCCAGUCUCUGAUCAACGUGGAGGGCAAGAUGCACCAACAUGUGGUGAAGUGUGGUGUCUGCAACGAGGCAACGCCCAUUAAGAACGCUCCAUUCGGGAAGAAAUAUGUGCGGUGUCCGUGCAAUUGCCUCCUAAUCUGUAAAGUCACUUCUCAGAGAAUUGCCUGUCCACGACCAUACUGUAAGAGGAUAAUAAAUCUCGGACCUGUUCAUCCCGGACCAACCAGCCCCGAUCCCCAGCCGUCUGGUACCCGGGUUAUCUGUGGGCAUUGCAAAAACACAUUCCUGUGGCGGGAGUUCACAGACAGGACGUUAGCGCGCUGCCCGCAUUGUCGACACGUCUCCUCGAUUGGCCGGCAGUACCCGCGUCGGCGAUGCAUGUGGAUAUUCAUGGUGGGGUUGCUGUUUGCUGCUAUCGCUACAGGCCUGGUGGUAUCUACAUGGAGGGAGGCCAGGAAAUAUCAUGGGAUCUACGCGGGUUGGUCUGUGCUCAUUAUUCUAUCGCUGUGUUGCCUCGCCCGAGCCUGCUACUGGGCCUGCCUGAAAGUGAGCCACCCAAUACAGAAUUUCUCCUGACGUGCUGAGGGCAGGAACAGGAGGUGGGCGAGGGGUUGGAGGGGGUGGCGCGAUGAGAACAGCCCCCUCCCUGACCGUCCCGCACCCGAAGAAGUGAACUGUAAUGACGUGCUGUCCCGUCUGUGCAGAGCAGGGUCUCUUGCUUAAGGCCCCUGCCCCUUCACUGUCUGCAAUAAACCCCUAGAUCCCAUCUCCACUACCACCACCACACAUUACAGACCCCUGUCAAUGUCUGAAAGAUAACCACCUCCACACUACAGGCCAUUGUCACCGCCUACACUAAACCCUUUCACACUACAGAAUCUCAUCACCGCCUGCAAUAAACUCUUUCACACUACAGAGUCCCUUCACCGUCUCUAGUACACAAACCCCCCCCCCCCCCCCCCUCUCCCCCCCCCUCUCCCCCCCCCCCCCCGCGACCCCCCCCCCCAACUCUCUUUCUCUCUCCACGCUCACUACUGCCCCCUGUCCCUCGGGAGGGUGGUUGAAACGGACGUUCCUGUUGUCAGAACCGAGGAGAGACGCAGAGCGAGACGGCAGUGUGUGAGAGAGAGAGAGACGUCCAGGAAUCCAUUCCCGGCUCCGGUCCGGGUUCCUCAUGCUCCUGCUCCUGGGUCCCGCCUGAGGCUGGGAACUUCCCGUCCAUCAGGGGCACUGUCUGUGGGAUCUCUCUCUGUGCCCGGCCCUUCGCUCCGAUCGCCGUUCCACCUUGCUCCUUCCAUCAGCUUGUGCAACCUUCCCAGGAGGACCAGAGGGAGGUGUCGUCAGCAAUGAGUUGAACCGUAACUGGGGACUGUGUCCUGUGGAAACUCGAGCGCCCCUUUCCUGGAAAUGGGACCCCUCCGCUACAAACUGCACCCCUCCCCCCUCGACGACAAACUGACCCUGCCUCCUCUACAAACUGACCGCCCCCUCCCCUUCGCUGGUUGGUCUUGGAGGGGCUCUCUAUGGGGUUCUAUUGCUGUAUGUUGUGUGCCCGUGUUACAGGGCCCUGGAUCUUUGCCUCGUGGGGCAGGGGUGGAUUUGUUUCUGUCUGUCAACCCCCCAACCCCGGGAAGUGGUCUGUCUCUCUCUGUGUAUUUGUAUAAAUUCUCCCAGGGUCACGAUGUUGUAUGAUACAGGGGUGACGCUGUCCUGUCGCCUGGGUGACAUUGUCCUGUUGCUAGGCUCCUCCACAUUCUGCCUGUUGAUUCUACCCACUUCCAUCACCUGGAGGUCAAUGGAGUCUCCCUUUCUAUGUCCCCGCAGCACACUGUCUCCGUCCUGUAACCGAGUCCCCUUCGGCCCGGCUCCAUCGUGUUAACACCUGUCUGCUCAUUGUAUCAUAAGCUCUGUCUGAAACAUUGAUGAGGAAUCUCCUAAUUUGCUCUAAUGUAAUAAUAAAACAGUUUUAGAUCUUCA